AGAUUAGUUUUUUCCUCUUAGGGCUCAAGAAGCCAUGGACAGUUUUGUGUUUCUGCGGGUACAGUUGCCUCUAACAGUAUUAUUGUCAUGUGUGUUUACAUUGACCCUCUGCAGUGAAAUGAAUUGUGUAACAUGCGGGUCGGUGGUGAAGUUGAUCAACGUGAAACACAACGUCAGAUUACACUCUCACGAUGUCCGCUAUGGGUCUGGUAGUGGUCAGCAGUCAGUGACAGGUGUGACCACAGUGGAGGACAGUAACAGUUACUGGAGUGUUCGGGGCACCAGUGAUCACUCAUGUCAUCGAGGGACUCCUGUACGUUGUGGACAAAAUAUCCGACUGACCCAUGUGAACACAGGCCGCAAUCUACACAGCCACUACUUCACCUCUCCGCUUUCUUCAAAUCAGGAGGUCAGUGCCUUUGGUGAGAACGGUGAGGGUGAUCAUCUGGACGAGUGGACGGUCCUGUGCGCGGGCUCCAUCUGGCAGAGGGACGAGUCUGUCCGCUUCCAGCACACGGCCACCGAGGCUCUGCUGUCUGUGACAGGCGAGCAGUACGGCAGACCCAUCCACGGCCAGAGAGAGGUGCAUGGCAUGAUGGUCAGCAGCUCACACAGCUACUGGAGGACAAUGGAGGGCAUCUUUAUCAAACCCAGUGAGGCUGGAUCAAGAGAUUUCCACAGUCCAUUACACAGCGAGUUCUAGAGAAACGCUUGAACUUGCUGGACUCUUGAUUUUAUAGAGGUGUUGUUAUUUCUUAACCUACCAGUCCUGAUGAGCAGCCUCGCGCUGUUGUGAAUAAUGGUUUCAUAAUCACUCUGUGCCUCAUGCUCAUUUUUAACACUUGAAGCAUAUGGUUUUAAAUUGCACAGCAUGCACUACUUUUCAAACAUUUUGGUCAGCUUUUUUUCAUCAAGGACACAUACAAUUGUAAGACUGCUAUAUUAAUUGAAUGAUGUUCUUUAAAAAUACAUGAAAACAUAAAGCAGCUAUUUUAAAUUGUAAUUUCACUGUUCAUUCACUAAAAAAAACUUUUUUUUACUCAACUUUUUUAGUUGAAUGGAAUGACCUUUUCUGUUUUAUACUGACUAAAAAAGUUAAGUUUAACCAUGUUUAACUUAAAUGAAGUUGAAACCUGAUUGACGUAUUAAAAUAAGUUAAAACAACAUUAAAAUAUUUUUACACUGUUAAAAUCAUGAAGAAAAUCUGACUGACCUUAAAUGUUUUAAAUGUAGUGUAUAAUAAGGGAAACCGAAAUUCAAGCUGUUCAUACAUUUAAACAAAAAGGCCAAAAAUGUUGAAAUUACAAUACAAAAAAUUCAUAAAUAAGCCAUAAAGAAGCAACACAAACAAUUUCAGAAUUUCACAUAUUAGAGAUUACAAUCAGUGUUUUUCAUAAAUUAAUAACCUGCAACAUCCAUGUUUUCUGAAUAUCUAAUGGGCAAAAAUCUGAUCACAAAUUAUAAGUCAUAAAUAAUAAAAAAUAACAGCAGCAACAAAUUUAAAAUUCAUAAAACUGCUAAAUCUAAAUAAUAUUUUAAAUCCUUCAAAUGUAAUUAAAUCGCACAUUGAGCAGUCUUGAAUUGACUUGAAUUGUUUAAUGCUGCCCUCAGAGUGAAGUCACUACAGCAGCGGUGCUAUAUUAUAUUACAUUUGAUGCUGUACUAUUUUGUGACAGUAUUAGCAGUAAGAGACUAGCAGUUAUGUAAAGAUGUUUUAACAUAUUUUUCUAAUAGAUACCAUAAAUUCUUUAAAGUGAUUAAUAUCAUACCUAGGAACACUCUGUUGGAUAAGAGUGUUCUCCUAAUGAGGCAAUAUAUAUUGAGUUGACAUCAUUUUUUAAGUGUCACUAAAACAGAUUAUUUUUGUUGAAAUUAAAACAAGUGCCUUUUUCUUCUUCAUUUAUUUACCUUGAUUAUAUUUCCUUCAUAAAUUAAGUUAUAAUUUAAACACAUUGAAUACUAGAGGUGACCCGUAACAUUUUUUGUGUUGAUAUGUUUGUGGUCAAAGCUGUAGAACUGACAAGAAAAAGACAUUAUUAAGAGUGAAUGUGGAAGUUUUGCGCAUCAAACAGAUUACCUCAACAUAUCACAAUCUACUUCAUGCCUUUUAAAGCAGUAUUUUUGUUGAAACAUGCCAGUGUUUGUUGAUGGUUGAAAAAAAACAUGUUGUUUUGUGGAUGCUAUAAAUUAAAAAGAUCAAAACUGCCCUCUUUUUUGUGGUGAUUUAUUUUAUAUAGAGAGAAAAAAAAAUGAAUAAAGGGAUGGUUCGAUCAAAA